AACCGCUAGUAAACAAUGUGUUGGAUGGGUUUUGAGCAAAUUUUAGAUUUUGGCUACUAAGUACUUGUCAGUAGUAUGCUGUUUAUUAAUGAUUAAAGCUGAAAUUGUUAUGCAGUUUUAUGAACUUACUUCGUUGUUUAUUUUAUUGGUUUCUUUAUUUUCUCAAUUUUCAUGGCUGGAACCUUAAGUAGUAUUGUACAUUGCGAUUUCACUGUGCCAUCUGAUCAUGAAUGUGAUGAACCUAAUAGAAACGAACCAAUUGAUCGGUGGCUGAAUGAUGAAGCAUGUUUUCCUGUAGCAUUUUAUCGUUUCGAUUCCAGAGAAAUAAGAUGUACUACUCCGAAAAAAAGUGCAAAAAUGAUUGGGAAGUAUAUAAUGGGGGAUUUGUUGGGAGAAGGAUCGUACGGCAAGGUGAAGGAACUUUUGGACUCAACUACAUUGUGCCGCAGAGCGGUAAAAAUCUUAAAAAAGAAAAAGCUCCGAAAGAUACCGAAUGGUGAACGGAAUGUUGAAAGAGAAAUUUCUCUUUUAAGAAGACUGAAUCACCGAAAUGUGAUUAAAUUAAUAGAAGUCAUGUAUAAUGAUGAGAAGCAGAAAUUAUAUUUAGUAUUUGAAUAUUGUGUAUCUGUUUUGCAAGAGCUUCUGGAUUCGGUUCCUGACAAAAAAUUUCCUUUGUGGCAGGCCCAUGGGUACUUUUGUCAGUUAUUGGAUGGGUUAGAAUAUUUACAUAGUCAGGGAAUAAUACAUAAAGAUAUAAAACCAGGAAAUUUGUUGCUUGCUAAUUGUGGAACACUUAAAAUAUCAGAUUUAGGAGUUGCUGAGGCUCUAGAUAUGUAUGUGCAAGAUGAUAUUUGCCGUACAAGCCAAGGUUCACCUGCAUUUCAGCCUCCAGAGAUAGCCAAUGGUGCAGAAAUAUUUUCAGGUUUUAAAGUAGAUAUAUGGUCUUCUGGUGUUACUUUGUAUAAUAUUACUACUGGAAAGUAUCCAUUUGAAGGGGACAGCAUUUAUAAAUUGUAUGAAAAUAUUGGAAAAUGUGAGAUAACAAUUCCAGAAGAACUCGAUGAGUCUCUGCGAGAUCUUCUCCAGGGUAUGUUACAAAAAGAACCUGAUUUGAGAAUGUCUCUCCGGGAAGUUCAGUUUCAUAGAUGGGUUAAACAGCACCUACCAGUGUUAUCAGAAAGUGUUCCUAUUCCUCCAAGAUCUGAUGGAGAUACCUACAGAAACAUGACUGUGAUACCAUAUUUAAAAGCUCUGCACUCAGAAGAGAAUUCAGAAACUGAUGAUGAAGAAGAUAUUUUUUAUGAAGUUAUUGGAAGUGCUGCCCAAGUUCCUGAUGAAGUUCGUCCUGCCAAGAAAUCAAAGCAAUACUUCGGAAGGAAAAAACAUAAAAUACUUCAGCAAGUAAAGCAAUACUUCGGAAGAAAAAAACGUAUAAGUUGUAUAAAUGUUAGUACUUCCAGCCUUUGUCAACCAUCAUAAUUAUAUGAAAUAUAUUAGAGCUCAAUAAAAAUUAUUCUGUCUAUAUA